UAAUAGCAAUUGGAACAAACGGUGACUGUGUUCAGAGGAAGAUGGUCUUUGACAUGUCACGUAGUAGCUCUGAGCUUAAGCAUUAAGACAAAAAAUUCAAUAGUGUAUGAAAAUAAAGGAACUUUGACAUUAAUCUGAGAGGUACAUGUCUCACGAAUGGUUUAUGACCAGAAACCUACAAGAUCUUAAUAAUGCUAACAGUGAAUGUGAAAUAUUUAGUAUUAUGAAUGUCUCAAACUCUCAUAAUUUAAAAUAACAAAUUGUUGUUGAACUGUAUGCAUGUAUUUAAAUUAAGUUUCCACUGCAAGAUAGAAAUUAAUUUUACCUUGCCAUAUUCUGUCAGAAGUUUGUGAUCAGAAUGAUUGGUGGUGGGAAGAGGUGUUCAGUGAUAUUCAUUGGCAAUGAUCAAAGAUGUGGAGGAUAUGUAGAUAAUGGGUGGAGAGUCAACAGCACGGCCACAAACCGGACACUGUUAAGCUCUGUAAAACUGCAUUUCAUGGUUCCCCCUGCACAUCUGCUACAUCGAAUUUUUGUAUCACUAGUUCCUCCCUUCUUAGGUGAAAAAUAUAGGCGUGUGUAUGUAGACUUUUUGGGUCCAAGUCUUGCUCUACUUCUUAUGGCAGGUAUGUUGCACUAUGGUCAUGCCUCAAAGGUACCCUCUGCUGCUGCAAGUACAACACCUACUGAAGUGCUACUACUUUAUUCUGUGCUGAUGCCAGUAGCAGCAUAUGUUCUUGGUUGGCUUUGCCAGGCCACAGUGACUCUUACUGAGAUGACAGCCUUGCUAGGGUAUGGCAUGUUUGGUCAUGUCUUCACUCUUGCUGUAUCGCUGUUUUUUUAUCAAGAAGCGAGUAAUGCCUUCUUCUUCUUUUCAUUAGCUAUAUUUGGUGGGCUGAGUGCUCUUAGGGUAGCACUGGUCUUGUUGGCAUCAAUCCCAGUCCCUGCAGCACGUCUUUUAGUAUGUAGCCUUGUGGCUACGUUACAGUUGCUCUCUUUGGUGUUUCUUCAUUUUGCUUACAUGCACAGAACCUUUGUGUAUGCAGCUGCUGAGCAGACAGACACAAGUCUGUAGUUCCAUUUUUGCAGUUUGCCUAUAGGUUAAUCAAUGUAGCAGCUGACUCUUCAGAGCAAAUCACUGCCCAUUUUCCCUUUGCAGUCAGUCUUUAGAUGAAGACCUUCAACAAGAAUGUGAGGAGUGCACCUACCCCUACUAAAGUGGUUCAGAGCCCACAUGAAGCUGUCAGUCCCUUCUCCUGGUCAUCAUCACGCUACCAUUAAGGGCAGCAUAGUCCAAUGCACCUCAGAAAUGUAGGCUACUCCUUAACCAUUGCUAACAUCAGCAUAAGACAGUUUCUGCUUUUAGUGAAGGCAUCAUCAAAAACAAUACACAUUUAUAUUUAUUGUAACAUGAUUGCAAUAAAUACUAGCCCACCCAUUCUUUUUGUUGAUGACCUCCAAGAGAAGUUCCAUAGGUUUGGAUCCAGGUACAAUGUAGGCUUUGUACCGCUGCAAAGAUAAUCACUGUGUAGUUUGGAAUUACUUUUCCUUGUACUUCAUUAAAUAUUUACCACAUCAAAAACAUUUUCAAAUAAAGGUUCGUCUUAAUGAGAUCUACGUACAUGGAGCACUCUGAGAGUAUAAUUUUUGUGUGUCUUGCAUAUUGUUUGUAGGAAACGUGUACCUUAAAAAUGGGACUAUUUCACGAUUUGUACUAAUGUUCUUCAGCCAAAAGCCAAUACAAUUGUUUGUGAAGCACA